AUGAUGUCAGUUGAAACUGUUGUUUUGGGAAUUCACAGGGUCAAUGAUUUGAAGACUGGUACGCUUGUAGGAACUGACAAAUAUGGAAACAAAUACUAUGAAGACAAAAGAAACUUCUUUGGUCGUCACAGAUGGGUCAUCUAUACUAAUGAAAUGAAUGGCAAAAAUACGUUUUGGGAAGUUGAUGGAAGUAUGGUGCCCCCUGAAUGGCAUCGCUGGCUUCACUCAAUGACGGAUGACCCUCCAACUACUCAUCCACCAGUUGCUCGUAAAUUUAUCUGGGAGAACCAUAAAUUCAAUCUGAGUGGCACUCCCAGACAGUACGUACCUUACUCCACUACUCGCAAGAAGGUGCAAGAGUGGAUCCCACCUACAACAGCUAGCAAAUAACAACAACAACAAAUGUGACUUGCCUCAGCUUUGGCUUUCAGUGUAAAUUGUGUUUUCACUGGUUUUGUUCAAAAUAAAAGCCUCCCAUA